AUGGAAUUCAAGUCUGAUGCCUAUGAGCUAAAACCUAGGAUAAAGUCAGACUGUAUAGUGGUCGACUGGAUUGGGAGGAAUCUCUACUGGGUGGAUGGGACGGCUGGCCAGAUUUUGGCAAUUCAGCUGACUGCCGUUUGGAGAGGGAAAUCUGAACAUACAAUUGUCCUGGAUAAGGACUUGACUCAACCACAGUCUUUGGCUUUAGAUCCCCUAAAUGGGCUAAUGUACUGGUCUGAAAUCGGAGGAGAACCUCAAAUAGCACAAGCUGGGAUGGAUGGUAGUGGCAGAAAAAUACUCAUCAGUCAAAGUCUUGGCCAGCCAACCAGCGUAACUCUUGACCAGUUGAGUCAGAAGAUAUUCUGGUCUGAUUACAAAUUUCACUGUAUUGGCUCUGCUAAUCUAGAUGGUACUGGUAUCCAUAUAUUGCAGCUAACACAGAUCAAGAACCCCUUUUCGGUCACUGUGUUUGAAGAUGAAGUCUUCUGGUCCGAUAUGAAGAUGAGAGCAGUACAGCGCAUGAAGAAGACGACAGGCAAGAACAGGGCUGUCCUCAUCAAGCGUUCCCAACAGCCUUAUGGACUCAAGAUAAUGCACGAAGUGCUCCAGCCCAAGUCUCCUAAUCCUUGUCUGGACACUGGCUGUUCUCACUUGUGCCUUCUGAGCCCACGAUCCAAGGGAAGCUGUCACUGCCCAGUGGGACUCCUGCUUGCAGAUGAUGGCAUCACCUGUGUUCCGCUCGAGGAGUCUGCGUUUCUGUUCCUCGCAUUGCCCACAGGUGUCAUGCAGAUUUAUCUGAAAAAUCUAGAAACUUUACUAGGACAACCAACUUUACCAGAACAUAGGAUACUUCCUUUUACCAAUGUGAACCAGCUUGCAUCCCUGGACUACAUAGUCCAGGAAAAGGCUCUCUACCUUUCAGAGUUGGGUACUGGUGAUAUCAGGCUCCUGAGGCUCAAAGAAUCUGGAAGUCUCUCUUGGAGGAAAAUCUUAUCUGUGGAGGGAACAGUGAUUGACCUCGCGGUGGACUGGUUGAGUGGAAACAUAUAUUGGAUUGACAGUGAGAAUCCUCACAUCAAUGUUGCUUCCUCGAAAGGCCAAUAUCCCACUGUCCUGUUCAGUGAAAAUCUCUACCACCCCACCUCAGUUGUGCUCCAUCCACCCUCUGCAGUCAUGUGCUUUGUGGACCUGGGUUCCCAGGAUGAUAGUAGGCGUGGGUCCAGCAUUGAAUGUGCCUCCAUGGACGGCAGCAGAAGGAAGGUGCUGUGGCAGAGAUCCCAGGUCCCUGAGGGCCUGACUUUUUCAGAUUCGGGAACCCGAGUUUACUGGGCUGAUACUGGGAGAGGACUCAUAGAGAGCAUUCAACAAGAUGGCUCUAGAUACAGAGUAGACCGCAGAGGAAUUGAGGGCCUUAACCUCUUUACAUUUGGCCAAGGCAUGAUGUUCUGGACGACAAUGGAUGAUGAUGCCCAAACCAUUAAGGUUUGGUAUAGCAGGACAGAACUUUCAGAAAACCAGUGGUUCCAAAUAGACCAGAAGAUUGUGGACUUAAAAGUUUAUAGUAGACUUAGUCAACAGGGUAGUAACAGUUGCUCGAAAGACAAUGGUGGCUGCAGCCAUAUGUGUUUACCAAACCCUGAAGGACUGACUUGUAAAUGCCCCAGUGGGUACUCCUUGGCUAACGUAAGCAAAUGUGUUGAAGCUGUCCUGUGCUCUGAGCUGUCCCAGUCCUGUAAGGAUGGUCAGAAAUGCAUUUCCAUGGAGCAAGUUUGUGAUGGUCAUGCUGACUGUCCGGAUGGAUCUGAUGAGAUGAGCUGUAUCUAUCCAGAUAAAACCCAUUCAACACCAACAUCUAAAAAUGCAGAGGCUGGAAAAAGGUUGACUCCAGAAGCCUCUCUACCUCUCCGAGCUACAAAGCCCACCAAGGCCAGAUAUCCGAGUCUAGAAGGGGUGAAUUAUCCUGUUGGGAAAACACUAAUCCCUCCAAUUUCUGCUAGAGAAAGCAAGAUCUCCGAAACCAAGGAAAAAGGCGAGCUUGUUCAGCCCAAGGACCCACAGAAGGCAAAACAUCUGCCCUGUAGCACGGAUUUCUGUAAUGGGAGGGGAAUCUGUACCCUCCUACGAGGGCUGAGAAAGUGCCGCUGCCUGAUGGGAUACAGUGGAGAGUUCUGUGAAGAGCCAGCACGUGGACCUGCACCUGGCUACAUCGCCCUCAGCUUAACCGUUGUCUUAUCAGUUGUUCUAGUAGCUCUGGGAGCAUUUGUCUAUUUCAGAAGAGCACACAAAUUAAAAAGAAAUCGUGCAGCGGCAUCGAGAAAUUUGACCCCCCGUGAAGAAAAUGGCCAAGAAGAGGAGAAUCUAAUGAAUAGUGAGACUUUUGUCAAUGAAGCCUAUGAUGAGCAGGUAUGCCUGGGAAGGGUCUUUGAGGAGAACAGAUUGUGAGAUACAGCCAAAGAAUGCCCCUUCUGAAAAGUCUGAGCUGGGUGACAGUAGGCAGUGUUAACUCACAGAGCUUUUUGUGUUGGGUGAAUGAUGCUAUUAUGUGUUUUAAACUAAUGUUCAGUAACUUGUUUAUCUUUAGUCUCCAUUCAGUCUCUAGUUCCAACCAAAGUGAAAUGUGCAUGAAGUAGUGAUCAAGACAUUCAGAUUUUGGUGAACUUCCACAAGGGGCUCAGUUCCAUGGUAGGGUGGGAUGUUAUUAGAGUUAGUUGGAGUUACCCCUAAAAUUAUGCCCCCCCUGUGAUCUCUCCUAAUCUCCCCUUCACUCAACUACCUCUGUGUUUUGUUUUAACGUAGUGUGUAUUCAGGGCUACCUGGCUCAGUCAGUAAAGCAUAUGAUUCCUGAUCUCAGGGCCUAAUAACUUCAAGGCCCACACUGAACAUAGAGCUUACAUAAAAAAAAGAAUAAACAAAUAAAUAUUUUAAAACAUAUCUAUAUCUAUAUCAAGGGGCACCUGGCUGGCUCAGUCACUGGAGCAUGUGACUCUUGAUCUCAGGGUUGUGAGUUCGUGCCCCACGUUGGGUGUAGAGGUUACUUAAAAAAUAAAAUCUUAGAAAAAAAACAACUAUGUUAGUGUAUAUUCUCUGAU